AUGGAGUUGGCUGAGACGGACUGGGGAGAUGUUACUAAGGCAACAAAUGUAAACGUAGCAGUGGGAGGAUUGGAACAAAGAAUUCACAAACUAAUGGACAAGCACAUGCCACUAAGAUCAGUACAAAUGACAACACGAGACCCUGCAUGGAUGACGCCGCUAGUCAAAUCUCUGUUUCGGGCGAAGUCGAGAAUAGCUACUACUCCAAAUAACGAAGAGCGCUUGAAAGUCAUCAAUCACAGGAUUUCGGAGAUAAUUAGCCAGAACCGGAAGAAUCCCUCUGCCAUAUUAGGCAGUCGCGAUUGGUGGGCGAGUGUCGAUUCCAAAUCUCAACGUAGCGUUUCCAAUUCUACGGUCGCACUGGUUAAGACAUCUUUAGACGGCCUUAACGAGUAUUUCGGGCGACUCUGCCGUGACGACAACUAUACGAAGCCGGUUGACUUAGAUAUUGCAGAGGAUGUGGAGGUGCCAGUAAUAUCUGAGAGGUUGGUAUGGAGAACCCUUGAAAAUUUGAAGAAAACUGCAACGAAACCUGACGAGAUACCUCACUGGAUAUGGAGAGACUUUUCAGAAAUUUUCGUACAAGUAAUACACAAAAUCUGGAAUCUAUCUCUAUCUACACAGGAAUGGCCCCUGUCAUGGAAGAGAGCGAACAUAAACCCUCUACCGAAGAUGGACAUCCCUAAGAAAGACAAGGAUUAUAGAGGGAUUAACAUCACACCUGUCAUCGCAAGGGCGUUUGAAAAGGUCGUAUACGAAAACUUCGCCAGGAAACCCGUCGAGGCUAACCUUAGCCCCUCCCAGUUCGCUUACAGAAAAGGAGGGAACUGCACAAAUGCUCUGAUAUCCAUCCAACAUCAAGUGUGUGAAUACAUGGAUAAUUUUGAUUGCAAAGCUGUUAGGAUCUUUACGAUGGACUUUAGCAAAGCUUUUGACUGUGUUAAGCAUGAUCUUUUGUCGCAGAAGCUGAAACAAUUAUCACUUAAUCCGUACUUAGUCAAUUGGUACCACAGCUUUCUUCAUGAUAGGCAACAAAGACCGCCUCUGACCGCCCUCAUCAACCGGUCCCUGGCUGAAGCCUCACUGACGUCACAAACAGGCUCUUUCACAGCAUGGACAAGGGCCAACUCACUGGGAUGGUCUUUUUAG